AUGGCGUGUGGGAUGAGGUGGGAUGGCGUGUGGGAUGAGAGGUGGGAUGGGGUGUGGGGUGAGGGGUGGGAUGGGGUGUGGGGUGAGGGGUGGGAUGGGGUGUGGGGUGAGGGGUGGGAUGGGGUGUGGGGUGAGGGGUGGGAUGGGGUGUGGGGUGAGGGGUGGGAUGGGGUGUGGGGUGAGGGGUGGGAUGGGGUGUGGGGUGAGGGGUGGGAUGGGGUGUGGGGUGAGGGGUGGGAUGGGGUGUGGGGUGAGGGGUGGGAUGGGGUGUGGGGUGAGGGGUGGAAUGGGGUGUGGGAUGAGGUGCCGGAUGGGGUGUGGUGGGAUGAGGUACGAGAUGAGGUGCUUGAAGCUGUAAACAAGAUCGCGUUGGACGGGAGAUUCGGUGCUACCUGCCUAGGUGCUACCUGCCUAGGUGCUACCUGCCUGGCUGCAGCCUUUGCCAGGAAGAACGGAUUGACAGACGAGGCCCCAGCAGCAGGCAGAGGGGCGGAAAACAGAGAACGAGAGGGGGUGGAGGGGCUGCGCCGCCAAGCAGCUCGCCCUUGUCUCCCCCGUGCGCCAAGCAGCUCGCCCUUGUCUCCCCCGUGCGCCAAGCAGCUCGCCCUUGUCUCCCCCGUGCGCCAAGCAGCUCGCCCUUGUCUCCCCCGUGCGCCAAGCAGCUCGCCCUUGUCUCCCCCGUGCGCCAAGCAGCUCGCCCUUGUCUCCCCCGUGCGCCAAGCAGCUCGCCCUUGUCUCCCCCGUGCGCCAAGCAGCUCGCCCUUGUCUCCCCCGUGCGCCAAGCAGCUCGCCCUUGUCUCCCCCGUGCGCCAAGCAGCUCGCCCUUGUCUCCCCCGUGCGCCGGUUCCAUCCCCACCGUCCGUAUCGCUGUGGCAUAUUUCACAUCUACGGGAGGCAGCAAGGCGUAGGGUCGUGGGGGCCGGGGAGGGCGUCGCAGGUGAGCACUCGCGCGAGAAGAGGAAGGGGAUCGACUGCUGUGCAGUGCCGUGUGUCGCGAGGGCAACCAUCGUCAUCGGGAGUGGUGGGCAGGAAGCAGGGAGUGGUGGGAAGGAAGCAGGGAGUGGUAGGAAGGAAGCAGGGAGUGGUAGGAAGGAAGCAGGGAGUGGUGGGCAGGAAGCAGGAUGCGACAGGGGACAGGAGAGCAUGAUGCAGGAUGUGGGUGUGAAGGGAUGCCACGAGGGGCGCAGAUAG